AUGGCCACAAAUCAAAGAUCCCACACGGAUUAUACUAUCGGAUGGAUAUGCGCGCUGCCGGUGGAGAUGGCGGCAUGCAAAGUAAUGCUAGAGACGAUGCAUACACGUCUGCCUCAGUCCCCAAACGAUCACAAUGUCUAUACCUUGGGAGAGCUCUAUGGUCAUAAUAUAGUGAUUGCCUGUCUGCCGCUCGGCAUUUAUGGCAUCUGUUCGGCGACUCUUGUUGCAACCCACAUGCUUCACACGUUCCCCGAACUCCGGUUCACCAUUUUAGUAGGUAUUGGGGGCGGGGUACCGAGCGACAGAGGUCCAGAUAUCAGACUUGGUGACGUCGUGGUCAGCAAGCCAACAAGUACCUUUGGUGGAGUUGUGCAGUAUGACCAUGGUAAAGCCAUCAGUGGAAAUCGACUUCAGCGUACCGGUGCUCUGAACAAACCACCGUCCAUUCUACUAGCAGCGAUCUCGCAUCUGGAAGCAGACCGUAUGAUCGGCGACGCUCAUAUUCCGCUCCAUCUGGCAGAGAUUAUGGCGCGGUUUCCCAGAGCCUCUUACCCAGGUUCGGAGUAUGACGUUCUUUUUGAACCAGAGUAUCAACAUAUGGGGGAUCCAGACGACGCAUGCCUUAAUUGCAGCAGAGAACACAUAGUUCCCCGUCCACCCCGUUCAUCAAACAAUCCUCGCAUCCACUACGGCUUGAUCGCCUCAGGAAAUCAAGUAAUCAAAGACGGCUUGACGAGAGACCGUGUGGUGGGCGAUCUGGGUGGUGACAUUCUGUGCUUUGAGAUGGAGGCGGCAGGACUUAUGAACGACUUCAAAUGCUUGGUAAUACGCGGUAUCUGCGACUAUGCAGACUCGCAUAAGAACAAGCUGUGGCAGCCAUAUGCAGCAGCGGUAGCAGCUGCCUAUGCAAAGGAGUUACUGUCAAUGAUCCCUGUGGUCCAAAUACGGACGAGCCCAAAAGCGCACACCGAGUGA